CCAUGGAAUUUCGUUACAUCCAUUACAUAUUAUAUAUAAACCCCCUGCAAAUAAUAACGUAGCCGUAAGCUUACAAGCUACAAAUCAGUUAGAACAUAUAUUUGCCUAAAUUAUCCUCUCUCUGAUAUAUAUAAUGAGUUCCUACAACUUUCAAGCCCCUUCUAAGGUAUCCCAGUAUCCGCCUGAAGGAGAAUGGAGCACCGGCUUUAAUGACUGUUGCCUUGAUCGCAAUCAUUGUUUGAAGACAUGUUUUUGCCCUAUGAUCACCAUGGGAGAGAUUGCAGAAAUUAUUGAUGGGGGCACAACAACCCAGCAGAAAGCAUGCUGCCUUUAUACUUUUCUUCCUACCGGAUGGAAAGCAAUGUACGCAGCUGGAUAUAGGAGAAGACUCAGGGAAAUGUUUAAUUUGCCACAGGAGCCACACAAUGAUUGUCUUGUUCAUGAAUGUUGCUGUGUGUGCGGCCUUACCCAAGAGUACCGUGAGCUUAAGAAUCGUGGAGCUGAUCCUUCCUUAGGUUGGCAAGGAAAUGUGGAGAAAUGGAAUAGGGAAGGACUCAGAGAGCCACCAAUCCCAACUCGCAUGGCUCGUUGCUAGCUAGCCCUGCUUCAUUCCCUCAUUAUCUACCACCUAAACAUUGUACAAACAUAUGUAAUCUCGUUUAUUACUUGUUUGUUUAUGUAUAAUUGUGUUACUAUAUCUGAACUAGUUUCGUCUUUAUCAAACAUGAAGCUUAAUAUUUUGAUUGGUUCGAUGCUUUGUUUGC